AGGAGGCUAGAGAGGGGUAGGGUGAGGGGGUCGGGGCUGUGGAUCUCAGGAAGGGUGUGCUUGUCGGGAUGUGUGUUAACUGUGCACACAGAUGUGUGACUAUGCGUGCAAUUGUGUAUAUAGCCGCUCAGUUCUGUGACUGCUUGUGUCACUGUAAUUGAGUAGAUGUUAAUUCCUUGCUUGCAAAUCUGCGGUAGGCCUGCGGCUGUGACUGACAAGCAUGGGAAUGUGGGAAUGCCGCGGGCGCCUGUGACCAGAUCCUCCCCGUGGGGUACCAGAAAAGGGGUGGAACUGAACUUGUGGAAGGAGAGUGGAAAGAGGAUCCCCUCAUUGGGGACGCAGGCUGGAGGAUCGAGGGUCCCCAAUGGGGAUGAGGCAGGAGGAGAGAUGGGAGGGUGUCAAGGCCAUUUUGAAGCCUCCAGCUGCACCUCCUGUCCUCUGCCUGUGAACCUCUCCUGGGACACCAUGGACCCCUGUCCGCCUCGGGCACCUCCCUCCUCAGAGGGGUGUCUGGGCUCCUCCCCCCCCUCCUCCCCAGGAACCCUGGCUCCCCAGCCGCCCCCCAGGCUAGGCCGCCACCUGCUGAUUGACGGCAAUGGCGUCCCGUAUAUGUACACAGUGCGUCUGGAUGAAGAUCAGCCCCAGAGGAAGCUGGAAGCCCCCCAGGGGGAGGCAGCAGGGGCCGUGGGGGCCCCAGCACAGGGUUACACCUGCCCAGAAUGCUUCCAAGUCUUUAAGAGCCCUCUUUACUUGAAGCGCCACGGAAUCUCACACUCGGACCUCCGCCCCUAUGUCUGUGGGGUAUGCGCCAAGACCUUCAAGCGGUCCAGCAGCCUGUGCCAGCACCGCCUCACCCACCGAACCAGAAACAGCCGUGCCCACGCUUGUCCCCUCUGCCCACGCCGCUUUCUGGAUGCUCGAGAGCUGGCUCAGCACAUCCGGGGACACUAACGCACAAAACCCCACCUUCGCUGGCUCCAAUCAGAUGGAGAGAUAUGGCUCUCUCCAUCCACCCCAGCCUAAGAGCCUCUGGGGUCCCAGAAUUUGACCCAGUUCUGUCACUCUCUUGUCCUGUAACUGGACAAGUUGCUGUUCUGCCCUGGGCCUCACCAUUCUCACUCUGGAAAAUGGGGGCACCUGAUUGCAGCCCUCCCUGUCUCUCCCCAGUACUGGGAAGGUAAAGUGACAGACAACUACAUGGAGGAACCCUUUGUUACUGGGGUCUUAUGCCUCUGGGUACCCCCCACCCCACUGUGCCUGGCACACCAGAGGUGCUCAGUAAAGACUUGUUGGAGUGACUGUGAUUCCUUCCUAGGACUGGACACCCCAAGGGCUCUUGGAAUCUGAGCUCAGCAGCUGUCUUCUGUAUGGUCUUGGGCAAGUCUCUCCCUUGCCCUGGGCCUUGCUUCCUCCAGUUGUAAAGUAAAGGAAUUGGAUUAGGGGA